AUGGUUUUCAAGCAAUCAAGCUGCUCGAGCUCAUCGCUCCUCUUCCUCAUCGUGAUCCUGGGGAUAGGACUACCCACUGCUAAUGGGUACAGCUCAAAGGAUCUGCUGACCUGGAUGCAGGCCAGUAAUUUUGGCUAUCAGGUGCUUCAACAGGCGCUGAAUGACAACCAAUCUUCGACCGUGGAGGAGGCAACCUGUUUAACACAGGUUCGCCUGCUGCUGAAAGGAGCGGAGGAAAAAUCCCUGCCUGCUCUUCGAGUUCUCGACGCCUGGGGAAAGUUCCCACAAGGCCUGCUGUACGGUCACUUUAUGGACAUGGGCAACUAUGAAUCCUGCCUCAGUUUGGAUCUCAGUAAAAGUCUGGGAAGUACUAUCACCAUCAAUGCCGGAGCCAAGUACUGUUUGAGCCAUCUACAGUUUGAGAGUCUUCUCCUGGAGUCAGUGGGUGUGGAAGCCCUUACUCUGAGUAUUGGAACCUGCAUACCCUCAUCCUGCAGUGCCGCCCAACUGAGUAGAUGGCUUCAUGGUCAUCUUCAGGACAUGUUUGGCCAAAACUCAACGGGAGCUACGUUGGUAGUGGAAAAGGACUGCUCCGUGGCCCACGAAAACCCCAUGGGUGGACUAGACUGGUUUGCAGUCUCUAUUCUUGUCUUAUUGUGCAUAGUGGUUCUCGUGGCCACCAUUUUGGACUAUGCCGAAGUUUCAAGCAAGCUACUGGGCUCAUUUUCACUUCGCAAAAAUGUACCCCAAUUAUUCAAGACCUCGACCACACCGUCGCCCCGUGUUAUCCAGUGUCUGAAUGGCAUUCGUUGCCUGACCAUCAUUUGGAUUAUCCUGGGCCAUGGCUAUAUGUACCUCCUAUUGGCGCCCAACAUCAACGCCUAUGAGAUCGUGGCCUGGGCCAAGACUCCCUUCUCAAUGGCCUUUCAGAGCGGCACAACUUCGGUGGACACGUUCUUUUUACUAAGCGGACUGCUCCUGGUUUUGACCGCAUUGCGUGAGAUGGAUCGUACCAAAGGCCGUCUCCAUGUGCCACUCAUGUAUUUGCAUCGUUUGGUGCGAUUGACACCAGUUUUGGCCCUUGCGGUGCUCAUCUUUAUGACGCUUUUUCCCCGACUGGACAGCGGUCCCCUGUGGAAGCAAUUCACCAGCUCAUCGGAGCUCUGCAGCGACACCUGGUGGGCAACUCUGCUCUAUGUGCAAAAUUAUGCGGCUCCUGGUAGGAUGUGCUUGGGACAUUCCUGGUAUCUGGCUGUCGAUAUGCAACUGUAUAUUAUUUCUCCACUCAUUUUGAUUGCUCUCUACAAAUGGGGCAAAAAGGCUGUCGGUGGCAUUGUCCUUCUGAUCCUUUUGCUCACUGGCUGCGUUUUUAGUAUAGUCAUGCUGCGCGAUCUUCAAGUUUUUGACCGCCAUGGAAACCUUGGUGGCGAUAGUCCCGAAAUGCGUCUGAUUUACUAUACCACCCAUGCCAGGGCCACUCCUUGGUUGAUUGGUCUGCUGUUUGGCUACUUUUUGCACCAGCAAAAUGGACGAAAGUGUAGAAUGCCCAAGUGGCUGGCCCUAGUGCUGUGGAUCCUUUCGUUUUGCCUUCUGGCCACCGUGAUCUUUGCCGUUUAUCCUUACACCCAGGAUGGAGUGGAGGCCAUUUCCCCACUCGCUGGAGCUUUCUAUCUGUGUUGCAGCCGUAUCGCUUGGCCUUUGGCUUUGUGUUGGAUCAUCUGGGCUUGCCAGAAUGGACUGGCGCCCAUUAUCAAUGAUCUGCUGAGUUGGUCCUUCUGGCAACCCCUUUCCAAGUUAUCAUAUUGUCUAUAUAUAUGGCAUCUGCUGGUUGAAACGGUUCAUAUAGCGCGCAUCAAAACGAGUCUUCACUUUUCAGACUAUGAUGCUAUCCUUCGCUUCUGGUCGGACUUUGGCAUCACUAUAUUUGUGUCCUUGUUCAUGCAUCUCUUUGUCGAGGUUCCACUGGGUCGUCUUGAGAUGGAGUUGCUCCGAAAGCGCCAAAAUGCCCAAGCUAAUCCCCAAAAUCCUCCUGUAGAGACAUCGACUGGACCUGCCGAAGUGAUCCCAGCCACUAGCAUUUCCCGCCAAAACUUGGUCAACCCCUAA